AUGGGCAUACCCCUGGUGAGGGUAAGCUUCACAUAUCGAACUAACAAUGCCUUUUCUCUAAUUUUCCCACGUUUGCUCCCCAGCCUGGAGCACCCCAUUGGUAGAACAUCAGUACUCAAACAUGAGAUUAGGUUACAGGAGGAUGCCAAGCCAGUCUACAUCACUAUGUAUCAAGUACUGCACAGCCGUAGACUUGCCUUCUUUGAACAGAUAAAGAGGUUGCUAGAACUGGACCUUGUCAAACCGAGCACGUCACCUUCGAGCGCCACUAUAAUAUUAUUACCAAGGAAGGAUGGGUCACUUCGCCUUGUAAUAGACCACUUCAAUGCCUAUAAUGCUCGCCUUAUGGCUAUAAUUAUGGCAGGGUUGGUGGGUAACACAGGUUUCCUAUACCUUGAUGAUUUGCUAGUCGUCUCCAGAGACAUCAAAGAGCACGAUUUAAAGCUUGGAAAAUUUUUGCAAGGUUGUCUGGGGUUCGCCAAGACUGCACAUCCUCUUUCAAAACUCUUGUCCAAGGAUGAACACUUUGUGUGGUCAAGCGAACAACAGCUAGCUUUUAAUACAAUGAAAAAGGCCCUUACUGAAUUCCCAGUCCUUGUCUUACCAAUUUUCAGCAAGCUAUUCACAUUAGUAACCAAAGCCUCUUGCACGGGGUUAGGUGCCACCAUGAUGCAGAAGACAAACAGCCAUCUACAGCCCACUGCUUACGCCAGUAGGAAGCUGAACACAGCAGAGACCCAUUAUAGCAUAACUGACCUAGAGCCACUGGCUGUAGUAUGGUCGUUAAGGCAUUUCAGGGAAAUCAUCCUUGGCUAUGACAUAGAAGUCCUAACAGAUCACCGACCUCUGUGUUACUCUUUCAUGACAACGAAAUCCCCCAGUGGUCACCAGCAAGGUGGAUUGAUGCACUUUUGGAGUUUAACCCUGCAUUCCGUUACACCCCAGGUGCAACUAACAAAGUAG